AUGCACCACAGCCGUUUUGGCCACAAAGCUAGUGGUUCAGUGCCGCCUGCUACCUUCGCAGUGGUCCGCACCACUGCGCAGAUCGAUUCAGCAAAGCACAGAGAAUUUGUGACCAUCUUCCAGGUCGCCGACGUUGAGAUGACCCUCACGAACAGCGUCAUUGCGCCACUGCCCGCCGGGAUGGCUCUGGAUGCUGCAAAGGUGGCUUUUGAAAACUUCGGUGAGGUUUCCCGUGUUCAGCGCCUGGAGAAGUUCGACAGCUUUGUCCAGGUCGUCUUCUACGAUGUUCGUUCGGCCGAUCGAGCAGUGAAGGCUUUCGGUGCGGCCGGCUGCAUCUCAGGUCCUCAGGUCGGUGAUCGCACGGUCAUGCUGGCAGGGGAUGACCAGCUUUCAACAAAGGACUUCCAGAACAUCUCGGAGGUUUGCAAGAGCCAG